GGGGAAGUAAAAAAACUAGUCCCCACUCGUGUUUCUCAUUCCAUUCCCGUGGUCGCUCUCGGCCUCUCAUCUCGUCCGUCACUCCCACAGUCCAGCAGCACCUAUGGCGGCUAGGGUUUGCGUCGGCGGUUGAGAACUCACGCGCCCACGCUACAUCGCCUCCAUCCCCACUCGCCCAAGCUCCAUUGCCUCCAUCCCCACUCGCUCACAGCUCGCUGGGACGUGUCGGCAGUGGAUCCAGAGCCGGUGACGCGAUCUGCAGCUACGAAGGAGAGAGUGAUCAGCAGACGACAGUGCUCCCUGACACUGGGAUUUCGCUCAGAACAGAAGCUACCACGAUAAUGGGAUCUAGUGACAAGAUUAUGGAAUAUCGAAAGGAAAAAAUUAGGAAAUUCAUGCAAUUACAACAAAAAGAAGACGAUGAAUUGUUUUUUGUAAUAGUUCCUGCCAUACUUCAGUGCCUUAAUGAUGAGAAAAGGCCAGUUCAUACUUCUGAAUAUACUGGUGCUAAAAAGAUGAAGGAAAUUCUAGAGGGGCAUGAGAGUUGGUGUAAGUCAGAGUUUCGUAUGGAGCCCGAGAUUUUUAAGGCAACAUGCAACUAUCUUAGGUGGGAGGGGUUGUUGCGUGACACACGGAGAGUUACCAUUGAGGAGCAGCUAGGAAUGUUUCUAUUUAUGAUUUCACACAAUGCUAGCAAUGAAAGACUAAAGAAAACAUUUCAACAUAGUGGGGAAACAGUCCAUAGGCACAUAAAGGCGGUUUUCAAUAUAAUUCCAACUCUCACCCACAAAUUUUUGAAGCUUCCUAGUUCCAACCAAACUCACCCCAAGAUUGCAACAGAUCCUCGAUUCUGGCCUUUUUUUAAGAACUGUAUUGGUGCCAUUGAUGGUACACAUGUCCCCAUCACAAUUUCAGAAGAGAAAGCCCCACCAUAUAGAAAUAGAAAAGGCACACUGUCUCAGAAUGUGAUGGUAGCAUGUGACUUUAAUCUGAACUUCACAUUUAUAUCCUGUGGAUGGGAAGGGUCUGCUUCAGACGCUGGAGUUCUUCGAUCAGCUAUUAGUAAGGGUUUUCAUGUGCCAGAAGGAAAAUUCUACCUUGUGGAUGGCGGAUAUGCAAACACACCAGAAUUCCUUGCACCAUAUCGUGGAGUUCGGUACCAUUUGAGUGAAUUUAGGAGGCGACGCUCAUCUCGUGCAAGUGAAUAUGCUAAUCACAAGGAAAUAUUCAAUCAUCGCCAUGCAAUCCUUAGAAACCAUAUUGAGAGGGCUAUUGGGGUUCUAAAGAAGAGAUUUCAAAUCCUGAAAGUGGGUACACAUCAUCCCAUAGAAUCUCAGAUAAAAAUUCCAGCAGCUGCAACUGUCUUUCAUAACAUAAUUAGAGGCUUAAAUGGAGAUGAGGGGUGGCUAGAUGAGCAACCUACUUAUAUCCAACCAAGUGAUCAUAUCGACCUACCUGAAGGAGAUGGGAACUAUCAAAAUGAUGUGGAGUCUCUUAACUUACAAGAUCAUGCUGGAAGCAUACUUCGAGAUCAGAUUGCCAUACAAAUGUGGGAACGCUACAAUCAAAACCAAUCUUAAGUUAUAAUUGUUGCUGCUAUAUUAAGUUAUGUAUAAUUGUUGCUGCUAUAUUAGUAUAAUGUAUGUGCAAAUGUUGCUGCUGUAUUGAACUUCUUGAAACUUAAUAAAUGUAUUAUUAUUGACAUCAGGUGUUUUUUUAAGUUACCUAUGUGCAAAUGUUGUUGCUGCUAUAUUAAGUCAUGUAUUGUUGCCAUACAAAUUGUGAAUGAGAUGAUACAUUUGUAGUCAAGUUUUCUUAUUUAUCUCCAUUGUAUAGCUUGUGAGUUGUCCUGUUCAUCGGGUGUUUUUUCUUAGUAUAGCUAUGAGUAAAGGAGAAAACUCUAGGGCUCAUUGGAACUUCAAUAAAGAAAAAGGCCUAGUUGAUAUAUUGAAUGAGCACAAUCAUCAAAGGUUCCGAGGGCAAAAUGGAUGGGCGGCCGAAGGGUGGAAGAGCAUUGUGAAGAGUUUUAAUGAAAAGUUUCCAUCUGAUCGGUUUACAAAGGGCCAAAUACAAGAAAAGGAGAAAGAGCUUAAAGCAAACUACAAGGCAAUCCGUGAUGGAAAAAAGAAAAGUGGUGCAGGAUGGAAUGAAUCUUUGUGCAUGAUUAAUGCUGAGCCAGUAAUAUGGGAAAAGCUUAUCCAUGAUAUUCCAAGGCUGAAGAAAUUCCAAGCAAAAUCAUUCCCUUUGUUUUAUGAACUGGAAAAACUGCAUGAAGGAAGCAUUGCUACAGGUGAUUUAAACUUCACAUCAGCUGAACCAGCACCCCAACCAACUGAACAUGUUAGCACUAUUGAUAUUGAUGCUCAUGAUUCUCACCUUAACCCUUUCCUUGCAAAUGUGGAUGAUCACAUGCCAUCUAGUGGACCCAUAGACAUAGAUGAGAUAGAAACACCGUCUUCAUCUUGCUCUAAAAAUCUUGAAAAUAGGAUUGGGAAGAAAAGAAAGCUCAGUAUUGCUGGAGUUUUACAAAACUAUGUGGACAUUAGGGCAAAUGAAACAAAAAUAUUUAUGAAUGAACUCAAUGAGACAACUAAGGAAGUAGAUGACUAUUCUAUCAAGCGGUGUCUAGAUCUUUUAGAAUCAAUUGAAGAACUUUCAGAUGAGGAAAAGGCACAAGCAACAAAUGUGCUGAAGUGUGAGGUCAACAGAGAAAUUUUCAUGAACUUCAAGAUUCCAAAGGUUCGUUUGUUAUGGGUCAAAGGCGAAAUCUCUCCCAAGAUCUAAUCUACAUUGUAUCGUGGUUGCUGGUGGUGUUUACAAGCUGAUGGCUGCAGAUGGUGCUUCAUUUUUGGCUUCUUUGUAUCUGGUUUUGAGACAUUGUAGUGAAGGUUGACAUGAGAAACUCUUGUAUGAACUUUGGAAUGGUUAUCUUUGGACUGCCUUGUGACAAUUUACCUUUUUA